AUGGCGGCAGGGUUGGUUUUUGUCAAAAUUGUUUUGCUGUGUACAUUUGCAACCCUGACGAGGACACAAAGUAACAGGACAGUCUUUUCACCAUCCUCAUCCUCAGGUAACUCACACGAAAGCGUUUUGGAUUGGUGUUUUCAAAAAUGCGCGAGUUUAUUAUGCGUGAUUUCUGUUCCUGCAUUAGCAUGUCAACUCAUAGACAAACAUAUGCAUUUGUCCUUGUCAUGUACAUGUGGAAUUUACAGAAACCGGUCGUUUCGCCAAUGGUCAUUUCGCAAACGUCUCUGGUCAGUUUUCAAACGUGUAGAAGUCAGUUCACAAACGUCCAGCAGUCACUUCGCAAACGUUAUUUACAUGUCAACCUGUGUUUUAACAAAACGGUUCAGAAUACGGUCAGUGUAAAACGCAGACUGCGGACUGCGGACCAGGGGUAAAAUGCAGACUGAGUGUAAAAUGCAGACUGCAGACUGAGGGUAAAACACAGGUUGCGGUAAAAUGCAGACCGAGCAUAAACUGUAGUCUUGAAAGGGUUUAAGGGCAAAAAAAUCCCCCAAAAUACAUGUAAACGAACACUUACUUGACGACAUCUGCUUUCACAAAUCCAUUCCUUUCUUCUCUGGAACGUCGUCGACAACCCGAAAACAUAAUCGCAAUCUUGAACCUUUUUUUCCGUCCGAGAGACUUCACGCUUCAACUUCAGAUGUGAAGUUUUCGAUGUACGUGACCAGGGACCGUGAACUGGUACACCACGAUGUUUACGCCUAAAUGAAAGCUGCUGACCCAAAAUACUGUACAGGAAGAAUUAUGGCGAUACAAAGGGAGUAAAUCAUUCCAACAACAAAGAAAGAUGUUCUGCAGGAAAUUUGUAUGACCUUCUAUGAAAGUAUUGCAAAUCAAGGUACGCAGACUUAAGCUGUUCGGAUGUUCAUUGAAACUUCUGGCGAAUGUGCAAUUCACUUCGGUUAGGAAGCGAAGUGUGUUACUGAUACCGGCUACCUAUUUCACCAAAUUGGAGAAGAAGGAGCACAAAUGUUUAAAAAAGUCUACAUUCUUUAUUCUGCAUUUUGCACCCAGCGAGCCUUUUACUCUCAGUCUGCAGUCUGCAUUUUACACUCAGUCUGCAUUUUACCCCUGGUCCGCAGUCUGCAGUCUGCAGUCCGCAGUCUGCGUUUUACACUGACUGGUUCAGAAUACUAUAUUUUGCGUAAAUUAUUGGGUGUGAAAUUUCACAUUACAAACAUUUACAUGACAACUAUACGAUUUAGAAUACUACAUUACAUGUUGUAUGUGUAAAUUAUUGGGUGUGAAGUCUCACAGCUGAUUUCAUGCUAAAGAAUAUUUCAUAAUCAAAUGGGCACUGGAAGACUCACCACACUGACUACAAGCUGAUUGGAUACAAACAGACCGCCAUUUUGAAGUUGCUUUAUUCAAACCCAGUCCUUUAGGAUGAUUGUUCAUUCCACUCGUGCACAUGUGUGUGGUUUGGCACGAGUUUUGUUUCAUACAGCUCACCUUAUAGAAAGCACGCACGUGCUAUUGUUAUAUUAAUAAGAAUUAGUUGUCACCUAUUUAGUGGAAAACGACAAAUCAGUGGUGCCGUAUCUAAUCAACUACCAAUCACAUUGCUGUUAUUUUGAUCUGCUGCCACUGGGCACUACAGUAUAAAAAGGGCUGCGAAUUCUGUUCAUUUCAUUCAACGUACCUUCUCGGUAUAGUCAUUCGACAACUUGUCACUCUGUGUCACUCGGAUCGCCCACAUGUCCCUGCAUGUAAAAGGUAUAUUGUAAUUUGAAUGAAUCGGUUAAGUUAAUAGUAGUUGAUGCCACUUGCUUUUUUUGCUCAGAAUUUGAAAAUGUCUGUAUUGGGGGGGGCUGUCACUCGAACAGGCCACACUUCCCUGCAUGUAAUCCAUUUUAAGUGUAAGCAAUAAAUAUGUUUGUGUAUUACAGCAACUUUGUUUAAACAUUCCUUUAACAGCUUAGACUUGCUCACAAGUCGAGCUCAAAAUUUCCUCGAUGGCAAAACACGAGCGGGAGAUAUUUUACAUUUUGCGGUGGCCAAAACGAGCGAUAGGGUGGAAGGUACAGUGUACCACCGCAACUGGAAAUGGGAAGUGAAGGACAUCGAGACUUUCAAUGUAUGACACUUAGCAACCAUGUUAAUAUUUUUAACUAUUCUUGGUCAUAAUAGUUAUGGACCUUCCUUCAAAGAGGCUUCUUUGCACCCCAUCUUUACUGUGCUUCAACUCAACAACAACAAAAACAAGAGUUUGCACAGAUAAUUCAAAAGUGUUCGCUGUGCUUGUUAAAAGUUAUCUUUAAUUUAGCCCUUGGCUUUGAAUGCAGUAAAAUUUAGACUUAAAUCACUGGUUGAAUAAUAGGUUGUACAUGUGAUUUGACUGGCAAUGGAUGUGAUGUGAACUGCUGUUGUGAUCCUGAUUGUACGAGUGCAGAUCAACAGGCAUUUACAGAAUGCAAGGAUACAGAUACAAAGUAGGUUUCAUUUCCAUAUCUUUAGAGUUCUUGUUUUGUGAGACAUUGUACUUAAUAAUUACAUUGUACCUGUACCAUCUACAUAUGUAUGUAUACUUAGAUAAAGUUGUGUGGAGAAGAGAAAUAUUUUUUAAUUUACAAGUAGGUCCAUCAAGGUUUUGCUCUUUUGAGUCCAGCUAGAGGUAGUUUAUUAAUAUUUUGACAUAUCACAAUUGCAUAUUGCUGAAAGCCAGAAAUUGUCUUUCCUUUUUCGGGAUUACCUUUAGGUUAAACCCCUCCAAAUCUAUGUUUCCGCUGGUUUAAUUGGCCUUCCUCGAGAAAAUUAAGAAAAAAAGUCAAUGUAGUCUACUGGCAUUCUUGUUGAGGCUAUUAGUGACAGCCCUGGAAAAGGAAAAAAAGCAUUUUGUGGCAAGUGGUUUGGGGAACAAAGUUCAUGGGUGCAGUCGUAGUUUUAAAAUUAUGUAGAUGCACUUAGAUGCACCUUACAGCUGUAUGUUUGGUUUGAUCGAGUUUAAAUCUCCAUGUGAGGUUUUUUGUACCUUUUUCACUUUUGGCUUUACCUUGCAGCCGUGAUGACCGUGUUUGUCUCUCCAAUGCAGCCCUCUUCACCUUCAGACAAAACACACAAUUUAAAACAGAAACUACUGGUUCUGGCCUCUUCUGUAUUAUUAGGGAUAACUGUAAGUUGUGAAAUAUUUCCUCAAUUAAAUGGCUCUUUCAUUACAGUUGACUCCCGAUAACCUGACCCUCGCUAACUCAAACCUCAAGCUAACUUGAACCAAAGUUGAUUUCCCCCUGGGUUUCCUUCAUACAUUUACAUUUUCUGUAUUUUACUCUCGGUAACCAGAAAACUUGAUGACUCGAAGUAAUUUUUGUUUCCCUUAUACAAUUUCUAUAUAAUUUUACCCUUGAUAAUUUGAACCAUGUUUUAAGCACGUGACAAGUCGCAAAAAAAAACAACAGUGUACAGAAUUUCAAAUCAUUGAAUUUAUUUAUAAACAACAGUCUUAAUUCGUUGUUACUUUUAGGUCAACCUAGUUCAAAUUCAUUGUAACCAUCCCUGUAUAUUUAUAGCAGAGCUCCACCCACGCGCGCGAGCAGAGCCCCAUAGCUUAAGUAAAUUUGGUUACCUAUCCAUCCAAAAAAAUUUGGUAGUCACCUGACCAUACUCGCGUCUACCCGUCCGUCUGCACCACAGGCUCACCAAUAUAAAAUAACUCAAUCAUCAGGUAUGGAAACCCAAAUACAGCUCGGGGUUUUAUUUGGAAGGAAAUUGCUUGAAUCUGCGUUUUGUUUUUUUCUGGCCUGUAUGAAUUUUAAAAAAGGGUUUUGUGAUUCUCUUUUUGCAACAACCAUGUUUCCUGCCUCUAUCCAUUAACAUUAUUAUAUCAGAACAUCUGAGGGGCAACUUUGCCUUUUACACCUGGCAUUUAUUUGGACUUGCAGCGUCAAUUUAAUUGAGAAAGUAAAUGUUUAGUAUACAAUGUACUGUUCGGUAUUUAAUACAUGAUGAUCCCUGUAUUGCAUACUAUCAGGUGCAUUUAUUUCAACCAAACCACCUUGUUAUCUACUUUGCAAGCUCACUUGUUAUAGCAUAGACGUGUGUCUUCUUUGCUCAAGCAAGGAAAACAUCUAUAAGUAUAAUUUACAGGAAGGGAAGAUAUUAUUCACUUACUACAUACUGUGUAUCCUUAAACAAAUUGAAUCAGUGUCCUGUGUACAAUAAUUUAAUUAAUAAACAUGUAGUUCAAGGCUGAAUUAAUUGGAUUAAUGGAGAAAACAUCAAGUGUCACUUACAUGCAGUGAAUUUACAUGUUGGUAUUGUACAUUGAAAGUAAUAUAAUAUUAUGGUUUUCUUCAAGCACAAAUGAGAACAUGCCCAUUUUUUUUCUAGUUAGCUUGUUACUGAUUCAUUUACAGUGUUAAGUUGCAGUAUUCAUUCACGUAUCUGAGCGGGUACGUUGUUGUUCUCUAGGUGUCAGGGUUUUCAAUCCUUUUAUGCUUUGAUAAAUUGAUGCAAGAUGACCACUCACGCUAGGUGAUAAAACUUUAUAAUUAAUUUUUUGUGUUUCACUCUGACACAGAUGGAGGACCGUAGAUUCUUAUGAAACUAACCCUUCUUUUAAUUUGUGAUCUAUCAGAUGAAUCUCGUAACUUCUAUAAUGAUGUUCAGACUGCCAGUACAAGUGAGGAGUUCUCCAAUCUCAAAAGUCAGUCAGUAUCAGCUGUGUAUGAUUAUCGCAGUGAAGGCACAGGCCAGACAACUGCAGCUUCAUCAUAUAAGGUGAUUACACUUGCAUGUAUUACUCAGACACAUAUUCAAAUUUUAGCACCAAACAAAGGGGUGGGGUGGGUGCCUAUAAUAAAAGGGCUACAAGUAAGUGAUUGGGCUACUACCUUCUGUAAUUCUAUCAACUGUCUACUUCAGUGUUAUAAUUGGAUGGAGUUUUUGUUAUAAUCUGAACAAUCAAGGUGUGUUUCCCUUAACUUUAAUAAAUACUCUGGAUAUCAGAAAAAAUGAAUGUAAUAAUCAAAUUGUUUUAGUUUAUACAAAGUUAUUGCAAAAUGCAUUGCCAUUCAGAAACACAGUUUAUUACAUUUGUCCUUUUCCAAAUAGAUUAAAAAAACGGAAAAGUGGAGAUUGCUCUUAAAAUAUCAUGCAUUGCAUAAAUGUCACCUACAAAUGUACAUUGGCUGCGAUAGCCACUAAAAAAAAAAAAAGCAUAAGGAGUACAGUGUGCAAAUUAUUGUAUAGUGAUGUAAGAUACUAGCCUUGACAAACAUUUUGUUUAUUUGACUGCGAACAAAUGAUGGUUUUUACAUUUUCUGUACUUUACAUUAGCAACAUUUUAGCCGAUAAUGUCUGUAUUAAUGAAACAGAACAGCAAAUGGACUUGUAACAGUACCUUCUCAUGAACAGAUUGUCUCAGGUAACUGUACAGGUAUACCUGUAACAGAAAGCUAUAGUGUUACAUUUACAGUAGAUCACUGGUACAGUAUACAAUGUACUUGUCCUUGUAUCAUCUUCUAGUAGAUACCAAUACACUGUACAAGUACAACUGUAUCCAUUGGAAGCUUGUUCUGCAAUCCCACUGGUUCUAAAAAUGCUUUUUAUUUUCCUUUUGACUAGGUCUGUCACUUAGAUUUCAAGUUUGUGUAUGCAAAAAUUAGGCAAGAAGUUGAACAGCUGCUAAGUUCUUUAUGUUCUAUUUUCCUUUUGUUUCUUUUCAAAUUAGCAGCUGGUUGUGCUCACGGCUAAAACCCAGUCCCUGGCCCUUAGUGAAAGCCCUUCCUUCAUUCCCUUUGUACUACAGUAACUAUGUCUUGUUGGUGAACGUCUUUUCAUUAAUUUCAGGUGGGUGAUCCAGUGCUUCUUUUGUUUAACAAUGGUGCAAAAGGAUUCCUGUCUUUUCCCAAGCCACUGUUUGGAAGUGAAUGUAAUGACAACAAUCCGGCAGGUGUGUACAGAGUUAUUCCUUUUGUUUUAAACACCAUCUCUCAUUAUUAAUAACUACAUGUAUAAUCAGAUAUUGAGGAAUGCAGUGGUUUAAAAUACAGCUGUAUAUUGUACCAGCGGGGCUUGAAAAAAUAAAAUAAAUAAAUAAAUUCAAGCACUUCCUCUGUGUAAGUAGCUCUCACAUUUUGCAUGCCUGGGGCAACCACUUUCUUGUUUUAGUUAACCCUUUAAACCCGAAGAUCAAAAUUUGAAUUCUCAUUUGUUGCCCCCAUUCGUUUCCUACAGAAUUAGUGGGAAGAAGUUGAUAAAAUAUCAAUCAAAUUCAUCUUGUGUGACCAUGUCCGUAAUUCUCAUGACCACUCUGUCUUAGAGAGCAUAGAUAUUACAAGGAGAAAUUUGAUGCUGAUCACUGUUAGGGCUUUUAAUGAUUUAAUUGCAAUUGGAUGAUGACUUGCCUGGACCCUCACCCAUCGAGCAAGUAACCUUUUAAAGUUACUGGCCCAGCAAAAAAAUUUUUCAAGCUCUGACCAGCAGGUGGUGAAGAUACACCUUUCAUGAUCAUUGAGAGGAGUGUAAACCUUUUCAUAAGGCCCUCAACUGCUGUUUAAUAGACCUUUUCACCGUUUUUGUCAACCGUUGACAUGGACAAGUUCAAGAAAAUCUGUUGACAUCACUGAAAAGAGCCUCUUAAAAUUAGUAAAAUUGCCAAGUUUGAAAAAGAUUUGUUGAAAGCUAAUGAAGAUACAGCUCCUCAAAGUUGCAAAAUUUUACAGACAUUUGUAUGGCUCAUUAAUUUUAUUUGUCAGGAUAUCGCAAGGACAAUAGCACAGAAUGUACUAGAAGCAUUCCAGUGCUUUCCUCAGCUUGUAAUAAGACACUUCCAACAAUCAGUGCUAGAAGCUAUUAUGAAGGAUUCACAGUGGCAAAGGUACAGUUACUGAACACGUGUGUGACUGAUUUUAGAAGGAAAGAAUUACUUUAGCUAUCCAGCUGGAAGGUUGUUUUAAGGCCACAGUUUGAAUCAUUCAUUCAUGGGUUGCCAAUAAGAGCAAAGCUGUGAUUGGAUGAGUGACUGUACCAUAAAGGUGGCAGAAAUAAUUUCCAGAAAAUAAAAGCCGAAAACUGAUGGUCAAAAUAUGGGGAAAGGAAUGUGGUUUGACUAUCGGCAGCCAACUAAAAAAGCUAAAUGUAGUUGUUUAUGUGUAGUGAUAGUGUGGUGAUACAUGUGAAUACAUUUUCCUAAAAAAAUCACUGAGUUCAAUUUGGCCAAUUGCUUUUUUAUGUUAUUGUGUUUGUUCGUUUAUGUCAGAUUAUGUGUUGUAAACUUGUGUGGCUAGUCUAUAAAAUCCUAAAUUAGGAAGUUAUAUAUACUGUAAUAAUGUUAUACUGAAUAUAUGGAACAUUGUUAAGUUCUGUUAAGCUCAGUAUUAUUAUUUGUUCUAAUUCAUACAGAAUCCUGGAGUUCUAAACAAUAAUUCGACCAAUAAUUCAACCAGUAAUUCAAGUUCCUCUGCCAGCACUCCUGAUUUUGUACCUGUGGUACUGAAA